GAUAACGGUUUUCGUAACUCGAGCGUUCAGACUUCAGAUCCCAAAGAAACUGAGACUUGACUGUUGAAUGUUGAUACGACUUCUUUAUACAGUCUUAAAAUAAUAUUAAUUGCCUUCUCGGUCAGCUUGAUCAAUUGUCACCUUGUCGGUAUAACUUACUCGGAGCGGUCUGAAGUCUGUGUGGUUAGGCCGUUCGUGGUACAGCUGAUUGUGUCGUUUCGGGUAAGUGGUAAUAAUUAAUAACUACCUACCGACCGAAUCUUAUUGUUUCUCGAACCAGAUAUUCACACUGAAUAACGACGGUUUAAAAACUUUGAACGAACCGGAAAAAAUAUCGACGUCAAUAUCAAAUACUCUAGCAUUUGUCGAUAUCCACAGUUUGCCGGAAUUUAAACAUUUAUGAAUCAAAAAUUCGAAAACCUUCAAAUACAUCAAUUAUGAAGCCUCAAGAACUGUGUGAUAUUGAUGACUUAGCUACAUCUCUUGUUGUCGAUGUUUUCCUCGGAUUUAAUACCCACAAAAUGAACACAGAACAUAAAGAAAGGUAUAAAUGUAAAUCACAUUUAAAACCUGUUAUUGAUGAAUUCAUAAAAAAUCAAAGUAUGAAAUUAGCAUUUGAAUCUUUUUGGAAUCGAAAGUAUAUACCUGAUCAUUUAUUCAAAGCGUCUUACAAAAAAUUAGUCAGAGACCAUAUUGAAAGAUACAUGGGAAUGUUUUAUUUGGAUUCUGGUUUUCGAAUUGAACCAUGUUACAGAUACUCUUUAGAGAAUAAAGUAGGAGCCAAAGUAAAUGCCACCAGUCAUUGGCAUAAAGAUGGAAUUAUUAAACGAUUAGUUGGAUGUGUGGCCGAGUUGACAGAAAAAGAGGAGGAUGAAAUAUUGCAUGUUGGGAAGAAUGAUUUUUCAGUGAUGUACAGCUGUCGCAAAAAGUGUGCUCAACUCUGGCUGGGCCCAGCAGCAUAUAUCAACCAUGAUUGCCAGGCCAAUUGUAAGUUUGUACCUAAUGACAAAGGAACGGCCUGUGUUAAAGUACUCAGAGAUAUUAAACCUGGUGAUGAAAUAACAUGCUUUUAUAGUGCUAAUUUCUUUGGUGAAAAUAAUGUUAACUGCGAAUGCUGCUCAUGUGAAAAGUUGUGUAAAGGAGCUUUUAAAACAAAUGAAGAACAACCAAAAUUAGGACGGUACAACUUCAGGCAAACUAAUGGUCGAACCAAUUCUUACCGGUCUCCAGAUAAAAGCAAAAAAGUAAAGGAACCAAAAACACCUCAAAAGAAAAAGAAUGAGGUUUUGGAACCUUGUACUCCAAAUAAAAAUCCUGAAGUUGACAAGGGUGAAGCUUUGCUUGGAUCGCCAUACACAAAAAUAAUCCAAAAGACAAGAGGCUUAGAUUUGGACCAAGCGUCAAAAUCACCAGAAAAGUAAUAAGUAAAAAGAAAAAAGACAUUGAUUUACAAUAUUAAACAAACAAUUAACCCAGUGGCAAAAUUAUUUUAUAAUUUAUGAACGAUUAAAAUUAUAAACUAAAGUAUAAUAAUAUGCAUAUAUAUUUCAAUUGGAAUUUGAAUACUUUUUAGUCUAGCAACAUUUUUUUUAUAUGUAUAAUUGUUUUUACAUUAUGAUUGUUUGUAUAUCACCAAUUGUUUUCAUUAAGUUUUUAUUGAGCAGUAAUAUUAUAUUUAGUAAUCAGUAAGUAAUUUAACUCACUAGAAGUAUUAUACAUAACUCUAAAUUUUAAUUUUAAUAAUGAAAUGUAAUGUUUUGACAAUAGUUUAACUUUCCUAUAACUAUAUUAGUGUUUUCCUUUUAUUAGGACACAAAUAUUGUAAAACUAUAAAUAACUUGUAAAACUAUUGUCUCUGUCUUACUUACAUAGAUAGUUAGUUCUAUAUAACCUCACUCAGUAGUCGGUGUCUUACUCAGUGAGGUUACAGGUUGAUAAUAAGCUCUCACAACUUAUUAUUAAUUUUUAUUUCCUGUUCUUCAAUAAUAAUUGUCUAUAAUAUAGUAUAAUUUAGUUAUAGUAAUUGUAUUAUUUAGAUCAUUUAACUCUAAAUAAUUUAUUGUUCUUAUUGUUCAAACUUUUACUUUUUGUAAUUUAAAUAAGCACUAAAUAUUUUACCCAUAAUUCAAAGUAUGUACAAAAUAUUAUAUAUUAUUGUACUACAGUACACAAAACAUUUUUUUAUCUGUGUCAACUUAAAUUAUAAAACAACAUUGACUAAUAAAAACAGUUAUUAAUAUAAUAUAAUAUUAAUACAAUAUGUUUUAGUAA